ACUGGCUCGCGUCCCAUGAUUGGUCCAAAGUUUCACAGUGGGCGCGGUCCUGUCAUCUAGAACGACACAACAAGAGAACUCACUGCAACGGGCUUCCUUCGUCGUGUUAUUUCUCCAGGCACCAUGUUCAGUGCGGUUGUGCUGGUGCUCGGCUGCCUGCUGCAGAUGAAACUAGUGACCACAGAGGGGCAUCGUGGGACCAACCGCCAUGUCUUCUAUGCAGUGCAAAUGGACGGAGGCAUCAGUGCCGCCAGGGCUCUGGCCGAGGAUCACGGACUGGAGUUCAUACAACCGGUUGGCAGCCUGGAAGAUCUGUACACCCUCAGAGACAGCAGGGGGCGCAAUGAGAGAGCCACCUUUGAGAAAAGACUUUUGACCACAUUAGGGGUUCACCGGGUGCAGAGGCAGCACAGCCAUUAUAGAGACAAAAGGGUUCCUGUGACGUGGCCGGACCACAGAACCACUCGCAGUUCUCGGAGGAGAGAGUCUGCAACAGACAGACAGCCUGAGGAGAAAGAGAGUGACCAGUCCCUCGCCUUCAAUGACCCGCUCUGGCCAAUGCAGUGGGAACUGUUUGCACAGGGCGAGUACAUCUCCGGUGGCUUUGACAUGAACGUGAUGCCAGUUUGGAGCAACAACAUAACCGGUUAUGGAGUAGUGGUCAGCAUCAUUGAUGAUGGUGUAGAUCACACGAACAAAGACCUGAAGACAAACUUUGAGGCUAUGGCCAGUUUUGACCUGCGUUCUUCACACGGCCUAUCUCAUGAUCCCAUGCCUAUCAGAGAUGAGGAGAAUAGUCACGGUACCCGAUGUGCAGGGGAAGUUGCCAUGGAGGCCAACAACUCCUACUGCGGCGUGGGCAUCGCCUUCAACGCCAGGAUCGGAGGUAUCCGCCUGUUGGACGGCUCUGUCACUGAUGCCAUGGAGGCCACGGCUCUGACCUUCAACAUCCCCUUCAUAGACAUCUACGUCUGCAGUUGGGGCCCGCGGGACGACGGGGCCGCGAUGGACGGGCCGCACGGUCUGACAGCGCGAGCCCUCCGUCUAGGAACUCACAAGGGCCGAGGUGGGAAGGGCAGCGUCUUCGUGUGGGCGGCAGGUAAUGGUGGGAUGCAGCGUGACCACUGCGGUGCCGACGGAUACGUCAACUCCAUCUACACCAUUGCCAUCGGUGCUGUCUCUCAAACAGGGAAGCCCACCUUCUUCGGCGAGCCGUGCCCCGGCGUGAUGGCCGUCACUCUGACUGGGGCCGGGGUGGGAGGACCACUACCUCUGGUCACUGUGACCAACAUCGAUGAUGGCUGUGUAACACACUUCCCAGGAACAUCCAGUGCGGCUCCGAUUGCUGCGGGGAUUCUGGCUCUUGCAUUAGAAGUAAAUCCUGAGCUGACGUGGAGGGAUGUUCAGCAUCUGAUCGCCAAGACAGCAAAGAUCCCCGACCCCAAAGAGCCUGGAUGGAACAUCAAUGCAGCAGGAUACCAUGUUCACCACAGGUAUUGUGAUGCAUUCAGUAGUUUGGAACCCAAACAUGCGGAGGCUGGAGGAAAUGGAGCUUCUCCCUCUGACUGUAUGGAGGAUGAAUCUGGAAGGGAGGGAGGGCGGGAGAGGGAGAGUGGUACUGAUGAGAACGCCUGGAAGAUAUCACGUUUCCAUGAUGCUGUGUCUCUGUCCACCCACUUCCUCUCUCUUGUUUUCCUAUUUCUCUAUCCCUCUAUCAGUCCCCUCGUUCACACCUUUUUUUCCUUGCCACCUGUCUCUCACCAGGUGAAAGUGAGCAUCGGCGCCACGUGUCGCGGUGACCUCUCUGUAAGCCUGGCGUCCCCAGCCGGCACCGUCUCACUGCUGUUGGACACGCGGCCCAACGACGCCUCCACGGCCGGCCUGAGAAAUUGGACCCUGAUGACGGUGCACUGCUGGGGGGAGCAACCACGAGGCCUCUGGACCCUCCAGGUGACUGACCACAAAGGCACAGUGACGAGCUGCGCGAGGCCGAUUGAUGAGGAGGCAUCCGGGGCCCGGCUCAGUAAAGUUACACUCAUCCUCUACGGCACCUACCACCCACACAGGACCACGCACGAGGGACCCCUGCAGAGCAUUGUGUCCAUGGGCUCGCGUCACCCCGUCCCUCACAGGGGGGAGUACCACAGGGACCGUUACCAACCCCUGGACCUGAUUCAAUGGGUCUACCAAAUGGAGAGAGCCAGGAAGGUGCAGGCUGCUGAUAUCACUGUGCCAGCCAGACACAAGAUGUUGAAGAUUCCUGGAGACCUAAUGUUGGCUAAGCAGACCCUCAACAAGCCCCUAAAGUCCAGUAUGGCUUUCCAGUUACACCAGACAGAAGUUGGACAGCAGUCCUCCACGGGGUCAGGACCCUCUGCCGUGAAGGAGCUUCAUGGGACAAAGACCAUCAGGGAUAAUGUGGACGGAGACAACAGGUCUCAGAUUCUCCAGGAUGUCCAGGGUCUUCAGGUCCAGCAGGAGGAGAGCGUGUGAGCCGGAAGGCACAGGGCAGCAGGCAAGGAACUGAAGAAACAAACCACAGUUAAAAAAAGACUGUUAUUUCCCACAGCGCAGCAAGCCAAUUGAUCCUGAAUCAAUUCCACGUACAGUACUACGACUGUGUGGCCUCAGUGUCGGCGCUCAUUAUUUAUUUGGAUUCCUAGCUUGGCUCUAAACUUAAUCCCUCUCCACAGAAACAAACUCAAACAUACACAUCUCUCCCCUCAGAAGCGGGUCUCUACACUCAUCUUCCCCCUCUUUGCUUUUCGGAUGUUGCAAAGGUUGGUGAAAGAUGUGUUUGUCUUUUUCCACUUCGUUGAAGGGUGAAUUCGGCUCAGCGCAAUAAGAAAUGGAUUACCCAUUCAUUAAAGGGGCUGUGUCACUCCUCAUUGAGUUGGACAAAUAGCAAAUUAAUUUCUAGCCGCCUAAUUUCUCUCUGUUCUCCGCUGAAUAUCCGAUACCGUCGAAUUACUGAUCACAGCCACGCAAACUCCCCCAACUUUUUAGCAAUUCAUUAAAAAUGUGCCGCGGCGGAGAGAUGCCACAGAGGGAAUUCUGUCUCUUAUUUCUGCAUGCUUCACCACAACGCUGUGUAGAAACAGAAAUCAACUCAAGGGUUUAAUUGAAAUUAGGAUAUUAAAAACACCAGAAACUUGCAGAUACUGUUCGGGGUGGGGUGGGGGGUUACUUUGUUGCCAUUUCAAAAUCAGCUAGAAACUUUUAACCAUCCCCUAAUGAAACAAAGAUGUCAGUUUUUCCAAGUCAAGUGCAGGUCUGUAGGUAAAGUAGCAGUAGUGUAUUGACAGGGCGGUAUUGAUGUUUCAAUUAGAGCAGCGUUACAUAGUGCCACAGCAUGGUAACACGGCGCGUCUCCUGCCAUCUGCUAUGCCUCCACGUCUGACGAACGAGGCACGUGGGGCUAAUCGAGCCGCACAUGAGCAAUGGGACCGCGAGAUCUAUCACACACACACACACACACACCUAUCCUAUACGCACGUCCUUAUGCAGAAAAACGGGGGGAAAUGACGAGGGAGAGCUCCUCAGCCCUGCUGCUUAAACAGCCUUCGGAAAGCCUCCCUUCACAUGUGCCACAGGAGCAGCCAGCAGGUUAUUUCCCUGACAAGGAAACCAGCAAACACGCCAGAUGCAUUAAAAUUCUUCAAAAGCUCAUCUGACGGGGAUAAACAAAAAAAA